CAAUUAUUCAUUCAGUUUACUAUUUUUCUAAAAUAAUUGUUUAUUUUUUUUUAAAGGAAUAAAGAAAUAAUUAUAUUUAAAUGGAUAGUUUUUUUAUUAAACCAGGUACAGCCCACACAUUAUCAUCAAACAGAGCCAAUGGAUCAAAAUCAAUAGAUACAAGAAUCAACUCUAGACCACAAUCAUCAAGAGGUGGUAGAGGUGGUAUGAAUAGCAGAGGUGGCGGUAGAGGUGGAUCUAUGUCAUCAAGAGGCGGUAGAGGUGGCAUGAGUAAUAGAGGUGGAUCUAUGUCAUCAAGAGGCGGCAGAGGUGGCAUGAGUAAUAGAGGCGGCAGAGGUGGUUUUAAUAAUAGAGAUAAUAAUAACAGAGAUAAUAGUAAUAAUAAAGGUUUUAAUAAUAAAAGAAAGAAUAUACCUAAGGAUGAAUAUUACGAUUCAGAUAAAUCAUCUGAUGAACAAGAACAAGAGCCAGAAGAAUCAGAAGAAGAAUCAGAUAAUGAAAAUACUAAUGAACAAAUGGAAUUUCAUUCAGAAGACGAAGAUGAUUUUAAACAGGUUAAUGCUGAGGAAUCAGAGGAAGAGUCAGAAGAUGAGGAAGUUAAAAAGGCAAGAUUAAAAAAGAAAUUAAAAUUAUCAGUUGUUGAAGAAGAGGAAACAGCAGAUGAAAAGCGUCUUAGAUUAGCCAAUGAUUAUAUUAAUAAAAUUAGACAAGUAAAAGAAGAUUUAGAUUUAGAUGAAGCAGUUAGAGAAGAUUUGGAUAAAUCAUCUGGUAGAUACCAAUAUUCAUAUCGUGAACAAAUUUCAAAAUUAAAAUUAAAAGAUUUAAUAAAAAAUAGUAAUAAUAGUAAUAAUAAUAUAAAUAAAAGAGUUACCGUAUUUAAAGGACACAGCUCACCAAUUACCUGUAUUGUAUUAUCAGAAGAUCAAACCAUCGCAUACUCAGCAUCUAAAGAUUUAAUCAUUCAAUGGGAUUUAAUAAAUAAAACAAAAUUAAAAAAAAUUAAAGGAUUUUUACCAUCAAAAAAUAAUAGAUAUGAAAUUGAUCAAUUAAAAAAACAAGAAAAAGAAGAAUGGAAAAAGACUACAUAUCAAGGUAGAGUUUUAGCAAUGGCAUUAAGUUUUGAUGGUAAAUAUUUAGUUACUGGUGGUGAAGAGAAAUUAAUCAAAGUGUGGGAUACUGAAACUAUGACUGUUGUAGAAACAUUUAAAGGGCAUAAAGAUAUUAUUUCAGCAUUAUCAUUUAGAAAAGGUACAUAUCAAUUAUAUAGUGGUUCACACGAUCGUACAGUUAAAAUUUGGGAUUUAACUCAAAUGGCUUUUGUCGAUACUCGUUAUGGUCAUCAAUCUCCAAUUACUGCAAUCGAUGCUUUAACACGUGAACGUUGCAUUACUGUAUCAACUGAUAAAACUUGUCGUGUUUGGAAAAUCCCAGAAGAGUCACAAUUAAUUUUUAGAGGACACACUCAUUCAGUAGAUUGUUGCGCUUUAGUAUCCGAAGAAAAGUUCAUUACUGGUUCUCAAGAAGGUUCAAUCGCUCUUUGGAACGUAAAUAAAAAGAAUGCUACCUUUAUAAAAAAUAAUGCUCAUCCAAAUACCGACCUUCCUUGGAUCACAUCUGUUGCCGCAAUUCCAAAUAGUGAUAUAGUUGCAAGUGGUAGUUCUGAUGGUGUACUUCGUCUUUGGGCUAUUAUGGGUGGUGAAAAACUUAGAGAAAUUAACACAAUCGAAGUUGAUGGUUUUAUAAAUGAUAUGAAAUUUUCACGUGAUUGUUCUUUUAUAUUAGCCGCUAUCGCUCAAGAACAUAAAUUGGGUAGAUGGAAAAGAGUCAAAACUGCAAAAAAUUCUUUAUUAUUAAUAGACUUAACAAGUAAUAUCGAAGAAGAGGAAGAAGAUUUAAAUAGUGAAAAUACAAGUGAAGAGCUACAAGAGGGUGAAGAAGAAGACGAAGAAGAAGAACAAGGAGAAGUAGAAGAAGUUGAUGAUGACGAACAAGACGACGAAUAAAUGAAUAUAAAAUUAAAAUAUAAUUUAAAAUAAUUAAAUAAUAAAUAUGUUUAGUUAUAAAUCUU